AUGACUCGCUUGAGUGAUCACAGAAGAUCAGCCAUUCAAAGGAAACGUUAGGAAUGCAUGAAUGUUCUUACUGAGAGCAAAAAAAAAUCAGGCUUCAUUGAGAGAGAGGUCUUUAAUGAUAUGGUCAGCUAAAACGUAAUGCAUGGGUAUAUUGUGGAGGAGAUAGGAAACUAUAAUGAUUUAUCAGUAGAUGAAUGGAAUCAAGAGUAUGAUGAGAUUAUCAAUGAACUCAAUGCUUAUGCAGCUUAGCAAUUAAUAGAAAUGACAAAGUUUGAUGAGCUCUAUCAUUAUGAAAAGUAUGAGCAGACUAAUUAGAGAGAGGCUGAUUAAUUUGCCUAAACUUAUGAUCCUACUAAUAACAGCUUCUAUAUAUGUGCCAUCUGUAAAAGAUAUGUCUACAGAUGUGAUAACUUCAAACUCGAAGAUGUGAUGAACAGAAUAAUGAAGUAUGCACUAGAACAUAGGGAACAAUGUGAAAAUGAGUAAAGAGAAUUAUGUGAAGAGGAGUUAUAUCUCAAAGUAUCUAUAAAGAUGAUGAGUGAUGUAAUCCCAAUGGAUGACUAAGGACUUGACUAGCAAAUGACCUAUGAAGAUUCAUAAGUUAUGCUUAUUGAGUGUUAAAGUGAUAAAUGUACAUACUUUGAGUUCAUGGAGAUCAAAUGA